GGCUGCCUGAUGGUAACCCUGUUCAAAUUUGUUCAAACAAUUUUUUUCUCCGGACGAGGUUUCUUUAUGCUUUUUUGUGUCGAUCUGAACAAGCCUUAGCAUUGCUUUAUCCUAAAUUGGGUUUUGAAUGAGGUAUGAGCUGUUAAUAUUUUGAUAACUAGAUGCUUCCAUGUUAGGACCUUACCAUAACCUUGCGAAAUCCCGCUAAUAGUAAAAUCAGAGGAGACUGUAGGAGUUCCCACAAAGGAAGACCCUACCGGUCUUUCACUAACAUACCUUAUGCAGAGCCUCCUCUAGGGAAAAGAAGAUUACAGAAACCUGAACCUGUACGUCCAUGGGAAGGCAUCUUCAACGCUACUAAGAAGAAUAGAGUAUGCCCUCAAGAUCCACUUCUACAGGGCCAUUAUAUUUUUGGUACUGAGGAUUGCUUGGUUCUUAACGUAUACACUCCCAUGGCGAAGAAGGAACCGCACAAAAAGCUACCAGUUUUAUUUUGGAUCCAUGGAGGUGGUUUUCAGUUCGGAUCUGGAACACAUAUGUUACUAGGAAUAGGAUUUUUGGAACUAUAUGACCCUGGACUUUUUAUAGACGAAAACUGUAGCGACCAUGAAUUAUCGACUAGGAGCUUUAGGUUUUCUAACAACGGAAGACGAAGUAAUACCACCCAACCUGGGACUUAGAGACCAAAACUUAGCAUUAAAAUGGGUUAUAGACAACAUUGACUUAUUUGGUGGUGAUCCUAAUAAUAUUGUUCUCAUGGGUGAAAGUGCUGGAUCUGCUUCUGUGGGUUACCAUCUGCUGUCGAAAGAACGAGAAAUAACGUCAGUAAAAGGUGGUAUCAUGAUCAGUGGCACAUGCAUAGCUCCAUGGGCUAUAAUUGAAGAUGGCAGGAAAAAAGCAUUCGAUGUUGGAAGAAGAUUGGGAAAAGAUUAUUCUUUUAACAAUGGUUCAGUCCAAUUGCUGAAACAUUUUCAAAGUUUAUCGGUUGAUAAGUUUUUGAAAGCAGCUGGGAUGCACUAUAUUCCUAUAAAGUCGGAUGAAGGGAGUCUUACAGGAGACUGGGCGCCGGUUAUGACAAAAGAUUUCGUUCCAGCAGAGCCAAUGACUGAUGCCAUAGACAGCGGGCGCUUCCAUAGAGUCCCACUUCUGUUUGGUUUUAACGACGAGGAAUGUCUUUCGCCAAUAUAUUUGAAGUUCUUACUGCAAAUCAAGCGUAAGGCCAAAGUGUGGGAUCGAUAUCCCUCGAAUAUGAUACAGAAUACUUUCAAUGUGGAUGACCGAUCCCAAACCGGUGAAGAUAUUAAGCAGUUAUAUACUAAUAAAAGUUUUUCGAAGGAUUUACCAGCAUUAAUCAGAUUUUGCACGGAUGAUCAGUUCACACUGCCUGUGGGAAGACAUGCAGAAAGUGCUUCAAAACAUGGCGUACCUGUCUACAUGUACAUUCUUGGCUAUAGAUAUAUACCACAUUUUAUACCAGGUAUUGAAGGAACUGCUCACGGUGAAGACCUGUUCCUCUACUGGGACUCCUUUAUAACUAAAGCGAGCAAACUGAUUUUCAACGACUAUAGACCUGUAUCGAAAAAGAUGGUGAGGUUGUUGAGCAAUUUUGUGAAAUACAAGAAACCACUUGUUGGACGAGAUAAGCUCUUCGAAAAUUUAAAGUGGCCAAAAUUCGAAAGCAAACGUCUGCAGUAUAUGUGGAUAGACGAGGAGUCAGCAUUACUUUCUGACCCAAGAAAUUACUCAACAAAAAGGGUAGUAUGGGACAGACAUGCAAGAGAGCCAUUGACUAUUUAUUGAAGCCUGAUUAAUCGUUGGUGGAAUGUAAAAUAAAAGCAAUUGAAACU